AUGUAUACAAUCCGCCACGCAUUCAUCAUCCUGGGUACACUACAAGUCAAGUUGCUUGACCCGGAGAUCAAGAGACAGCUUCGAGAGUUGCAGGACCUUUAUACAAGCGAUGACUUGGAAGAUGAUAACGAUGAUUCUCUCCUGAGAAGCGUUGGUCGUCUCAACAGAGGUACAAAACGCCCACAUCCAGGGCCCGAGGAUGGGAACAAUGCCGGACCUCGCGGUAGCGUCCAUGGAAACCCAGAUGAUGGUGUAUGGCCUGGUGAUCCGCAGACAAGACCAAAGGAUGGGCAGGAUUGUUUGGGUGGCUCUGCCAAAAGACUCAAGCGCGGCUGUCGCUCCGUGGACGAGACAGCUUUGGCCUGUCAUGAUCACCUCCUCCUCGCACCGCAUCAUGCAAUUCGCAUCCGCUCGCACUUUAUGGCUCCGGCAUAA